AUGGAUGCUCCUGAAUCAACUCAGUUCCUUACUAACCUAAGUGGGUCUUUUGGGGACGAUAAAGACUUGAGACUUUGGAGUCUAACGACAAAUGGGUUCUUCUCUGUUAAAUCUUUCUACUGUCGCCUUAUUGAUGGGGAUCUUCAGUGCUUGAUUGCUAACUUCUUCUGGAAAAGCCUUUAUCCGAGGAAGGUGAGCUUUGCAUGUGUGAAGAUUACAGCAAUAUGCCCAAUAACAUUGCUAGAUAGAGUGAGUGAUUUACUAAGAUGGGAGCAGAAGAAGAAAACAACAGACCUCCCAUGGAAGUCACACUCUCUUCCAAUCCUUUCACCUUCCAGCCCUCUCUACCACACCCCUUCCUCUCCUUCACCUUUAUCAGAAACCGAAGAACAAGACCUCCGGCUUGCCAAAGAAAGACUAACCACCCUCUCCCAGAGAUGCAGUGACUUCAACGUCCCUCUACUCAUUGAUGCAGAGUACACCUCAGUGCAACCAGCCAUUGACUACUUAACAUACUCAGCAAUCCUCAGGUUCAACCACAUUGACCGGCCUAUCGUUUAUGGUACAAUUCAGGCCUACUUAAGGGAUGCCAAAGAGAGGUUGAUGCUUGCAGUGGAGGCUGCUGACAAGGAGCGAAUUUCUAUAGGUUUCAAGUUAGUCAGAGGUGCUUACUUAACAAGAGAAACAGAACUUGCUUCAUCUUUAGGUGCAGGUUCACCCAUUCACAGCAGUAUAGAAAAAACACAUGCAUGUUACAAUGACUGCACCUCCUUCAUGCUUGGAAAGGUUGUCAGUGGGUCUGGUUCUGUUGUGCUUGCCACACAUAAUUUUAACUCAGGAAAAUUUGCAGCAGCAAAAGCUGAAGAAUUGGGGAUUGAUAAAGGAGAUCAGAAACUGCAAUUUGCACAGCUGAAAGGAAUGGCUGAAGCACUGUCAAUAGGAUUGAGUAAUGCUGGUUACCUAGUGAGUAAGUACUUGCCUUUUGGACCUGUGGAUCAGAAACUGCAAUUUGCACAGCUGAAAGGAAUGGCUGAAGCACUGUCAUCUCUUACCUUCUCCGCAGGGCUGAGGAGAACAGAGGUUUCCUCUCUGCUUCCACUUUGGACAGGCAACUCAUGA